AUGGCCGCCACAAUCAACAGCCUUCCCAUCGAAUUGCUCUUCGAGAUAUUCUCAUACCUCGACUAUUUCGGUUUGAAAGGAUGUACACGAGUCAACAAAGCUUUCAAUGCCAUCAUCAAGCAUUCUAAUUUCGACAAAACCCUCUUCCGCUCCACCAAGAUCCUCGGUAUAGACGAUUGUGUUGAGAAAGCCGAUUUUGCUUUCCAUCCAGCCCUUCAGUACAUAUACUACCAGGCCGGUUUGAGACCCGAGAUGGCCUUUCUCAUGCCCGCCUACGUUCGCGAGAACGAUCAUCGUGUGAGAUGCCUUCUGGAUCAAGAAGUGUCUAACGAACAAGCCACUUCUCCAGCAGUCAGCUUUGUGCGUGUUGGCCUCCCCUGCUCUCCAAAAUACAUUGAGGUCAGAAACAUCAAUGGAAUUUCCAUCCGCCAGCUAUACCAAGCAUUG